CGCAUGCGCAGUAAGGAGCUAGCUUUGGGCGAGGUCUGUGCGUCAUCUCUGUGUGGAUUCUUAAGUGGCCGACGGAGACUCGGCGAGUGCUGUCAAAAUGUCUGCAGACGGAGCUGCCGAUGGCGACAAUAUGCAAAGAUUUGAACUGUACAUCAAGGCAUCAGCAAUUGAUAAAGAAACUAAAGGCUCAUGCCCAAUCUGCCAGCAGUGGUUUAUGAUCACUGUUCUGCUUGGGGAAAACCAGGAUGACAUUGAUUUCAAAGUGUACACAGUGCAGGCAGACUGUCCUCCCAAGAACUUUGGCGUUGACCAGGGCUGGAGCAAGAAGUUUCCUGUUAUCAUGGUGCUGUCAGGCCGAAACAAAAAUGGGCAGGACAUUUCAAACAUGAAAUAUGACGAGUUUGAGACAUUGGAGACAUUCUUUGAGAGCAUCAACAGAAGCUGUCCGGAGUUGAAGCGCAAAAAUGCUCCAAAUUUAGCGGCCAUGGAAGCAGUACAAGAUGUGUACCCGACUUUCAAUGCCUUCCUUUCACAGAAGGCAGACAGACAUGAUGAUAGAAGAUUAAAGGCAGAGCUGAAGAAGAUUAACGAAUUUUUGGAGAGUGAAGAUACCAAGUUUUGGUUGACAAUGUCCUGUCCUUUGCAGACUGCUUUUUUGCUGCCUCGUUUGCAGCACAUACGGGUUGCUGGUGAGGCUUAUCGAGGCUUUGAGAUCCCUAAGGAGUAUACAGCUUUGUGGAAGUACCUGGCUGAUGCCUACAAAACAGAAGCUUUCAAGUCCACCAUGCCCUCUGACCAGGACAUAAUUUUCCACUAUGAGAAGAAAGCUGCAAACCCACCAAGAAAGGGAAAAUGGAGUUCGCGUCCAACACUGCAGCGCUUCACAUACACAAUGGAUAUCCCUCCACAGGUUGCUGCUGCUCUUAAUGGGUCUGAUGAGGAUGGCGACAGUUUGGAUAACCUAAUGCCACCCCAGAUUGAACAGGCCCAGCAUGCCUAGAUUUGUACUGGUUUUGUAAUGGACUUUUAUUUCAUUUGGAUGUUUUUAUUUUUUUUUUUAAAGAGAAAAAAAAAUCAUUUAUCUAUCGUCU